AUGCAUGUUACGUCGCAACCCAACAUCUGUCUAAUAUCAGACAGACAUGUGUCCAUUAAAAGCGCAUAUGAUAACCCGGAAAAUGGCUGGCAAUACCCACCGUCUACGCAUGUCUAUUGCAUUAGACAUAUAGCCCAGAACUUCACGCAAGAGAUCAGAGACAAAGAGCUUCGCAAAAAAGUCGUUAACAUGGGUUAUGCGUUAACUGAAUCAACCUACAACUACUACAUGGGUGAAAUACGUAUGUCAAAUAUGGAUGCAUACAACUGGGUAGAAAAUAUUCCAAGAGAAAAAUGGUGCAGAGCUUUUGAUGGAGGGCGACGGUGGGGUCACAUGACUACCAACCUGGCAGAGUCAAUGAAUUCAGUCUUGAAGGCCACUCGUAAUCUACCCGUUACAGCAUUGGUAAGAUCUACAUACUUUAGGAUGGGUGAGUUAUUUGGCAGAAGAGGGCAUGAAUGGACAAAAACAUUGGGUUCUGGACAACAAUACACCAAAAGUUGCCUGAAAGGUAUUGAAGAGGAGGCAGCCAAAGCAAGUAGUCAUCACGUUAGGCAAUUUGAUCGUCUAAGGUUCUGCUUCUUGGUGGAGGAAACUAUGAACCAUAAUGAGUGUCGACCUACUCGUCAUUUCAACGUCGACCUUAAAAAUCAAACCUGUGAGUGUGGAAAAUUUCAAACAUUUCACGUGUCUUGCUCGCAUGUCAUUGCAGCGUGCGCGAGCAUACAUCAGGACUAUUCUGUGCAUAUAGCUGAUGUCUUCAAGGUCGUUAACGUGUUUAAGGUCUACGAAGAAAGUUUCAUAGGGGUUGGGACUGAGGCUGACUGGCCUCUAUACGAAGGAGACACUCUUUGCCACAAUGACGCCAUGAGAAGACGAAAGAAAGGUCGCCCAAACAGUACCCGCAUACGAACAUAA